AUGUCCACUGUCGCCACCGCGGAUCCUAACCGCCUGCCGACGAACGUGAAACCCACCCAUUAUGAUGUGGCUAUUCGUACAGAUCUGAAGAACCUUACCUUUGAAGGAUUUGCGAAAAUCAGUUUGGAUGUUAAGGAAGAGACAAGCACGAUUGUACUGAACAGUGCUGAUCUGUCAUUCGAACAAGUGACCCUGACCACCGACACCAAGAAGGAAAAGCUAAUUCCUACCAGCCAGACCGUGGAUGGCGAUUGCAUCUCAUUCACAUUUCCGACUUCUCUUCCUGCUGGCUCCAAGGCUCAGCUUAGUAUUGGGCCGUACAAGGGUGCUUUAGGAAACAGCAUGACAGGCUACUACCGCUCAGAGUACAAGGAAGGUGGACAGACCAAGUACUAUUCCCUGACCCAGUUUGAGCCCAUUGAUGCCCGACGCGCCUUUCCAUGCUGGGACGAACCUCUCCUCAAGGCGACCUUUGCUAUCACCAUGAUUUCUCGUGCUGACACGGUCAAUCUUUCAAACAUGCCUUCCAACUCUGAAACAGUCUAUGUUCCCGGAAGUUCGGAGUUUGCAGUAUUAGAAGAAAAGUUUCCGUCUCUCCAAUCUUUGGACGGGAAAUGGAAGGUCACCACCUUUGAUACGACGCCUCCCAUGUCCUCGUACAUCGUAGCCUUUGCAAACGGUCCCUUUUCGUUCCUUGAAAGUUCUGCCAAGAUGCCAAGCGGAAAGACAGUUGCACUCCGUAUAUAUGCGACUUCCGACUUGAUUCAUCAAGCACAGUUUGCUCUGGACGUCAAGGAGAAGGUGUUGCCGUUGUAUGAAGAGGUCUUUGGCGUGGAAUAUCCACUUCCCAAACUUGAUACGCUGGUUGUAAGUGCCAUGGAGAACUGGGGAUUAAUAACUGGCAGGACCACUGCAUUCCUUCUGGAUCCUAACACCACGGACACGAACGCAAAGAAACAAGUCUUUACCACUCAAAGCCACGAGGUGGCGCACAUGUGGUUUGGAAAUAUCACAACUAUGGAAUGGUGGAAUUACUUAUAUCUGAAUGAAGUAAUUAUAGCAGGUAGAGUAUUUCCCGAGUUCAAACCCAAAUCGGAUUUCAUUGGUGACCACCUCAACCAAGCUCUUGCUCUUGACGCGAAACGCUCUUCUCAUCCUAUCGAGGUCGACUGUCCUACAGCUGCGCAGAUCAACCAGAUCUUUGAUUCUCUAUCCUAUGCCAAGGCAGCUUCAGUAUUGCGCAUGCUUUCGGACUAUGUUGGUGAGGAACGUUUCUUGAAAGGGGUCUCGGUGUACCUCCAGAACAAGCUGUACAGCAACGGUACGUCAAAAGACUUAUGGGAGGGCAUCAGCAGAGCAACAGGAUUGGACAUUGUCAACCUCAUGGAGAACUGGGUUACCAAGAUUGGCUUCCCCGUCCUUACUGUCACAGAGACCCCGGCUGGCAUUCAAGUUCGUCAAGACAGGUUUUUGGAGACGGGGAUCGCUGAACGAGCAGAAAAUGAAACCCUCUGGAAUGUGCCACUCAACAUCUUGUCCGUUGACUCAGGCAAUCAGGUUAAAGUUGACAGGUCCGCUUUACUACAAGAACGAUCUCAGUUGUUCGCGCUGGACACCAGUAAACCGUUCAAGCUGAAUGCGGGAACAGCUGGCGUCUACAGAGUGCUGUACACACCUGAACGGCUUUCAAAAAUUGCGGGGGAAGCUGCGCAAGUCGACUCGCCUUUCUCUGUCGACGAUCGCAUGGGUCUAGUUUAUGACGCCAUGGCACUCUCAAAGGCCGGUCUUUCCAAGUUGAGCAGCGCUCUUACGCUCAUAGACAAACUCCGGAACGAGAAAGAAUUCUUGAUUCUGGAUGUCAUUGCAUCGAAUCUGUCUGGACUCGUAUCCACCUGGUGGGAAUAUCCUGAGAUUGUGGGCAACUUGAAUGCAUUCCGCCGUUCAUUGUUCGUUCCGCUGGUGAAAGAAUUGGGUUACGAAUAUUCUGAUGGGGAAUCUACGGAUAUAAUACGGCUGCGAACGACGGUGAUCACACAGGCUGCGGUAGCUGAGGAUGAAAGUGUGAUAAAUGAGCUCAGAGCGCGCUUCGAUCAUUUCAGGAAAACUGGAGACGACUCUAGAAUUCCACCCGGGUUACAACGGGUGACCUACCAGAUGGCUGUCAAGUACGGCGGUCGGGAGGAAUACGAUGCUGUGAAGCAGAUACAACUGUCGCCACGGACACCGACAUCGAAAACCGCGGCCAUAAUUGCCCUGGGACACGCGCAAGAUCCCGAGUUGAUCAAGGAGACGUUCGAGUACCUCUUGUCUUCAGCGCGGGACCAAGACUUUACUUACUGGUUGCGUGGGCUAUCGACGAACGCCAAGAGCAGACGCCUGGUGGCACAGUUCUUCAAGGAUGAAUAUAAAGUAAUCUACAAACGUUUCGAGCUGAACGCCACUCUGAAAUAUCUCGUGGAGGCAUCAUUCGGACUGCUUUCUACUGCCAAGGAUUACGAGGAGACGGAGGCAUUUUUCAAGGACAAGGACGUUUCCAAGUACAACCUGUCACUGGCACAGACGCUGGACACGAUCCGUGCUCGAGUAGGAUACAUUGAAGGUGGGACGGAGGAUCUCAGUCUGUGGCUGAGUGGAUGGCGGGGACGGACAGAUUUGGGCAAAGAGUUACAUAAGGCGAUCUUGUAG